AUGAUGCCGCGCUCUGAAGCGGAAGAAUCCAACGCACAAAACAACAAGCACGGGGUGAACAGGAACAACAACAACAACAACAACAACAACGCGAUCAGAACGACUGGGUUUUUAAACACGCCGCACGAAGGAACGAAACUGGAAUUCGCGCGUGGCGAGCAACAGCGAGGACGAGACGUUCUUCUCGCCAGACUUGGUUUUGCCACGCCUCUGUUCUUCACCGCGACGUUACUUUCGUUCGUUUUGUAUUGGGGAGCGUUGUUGUUCCCACCGUUCGCGGUGUUUUUUAUAUGCGCGUUCAUCUCCUACGGGUGGUUUAAAGGGAUUUUGUAUUCGUUUUCGGCGCUGUUUAUUGGAGUACCGCGGGCACACUUGUAUAAAACCGCGGAUUGGAAGCAAUUAGGGAACGAUAGUCGGAAGAAGAGUCCGUUGUUGGAACGAACGUUGGGCGUUUCCGAGGAGGACGGGAAGCCGUUGGGGAUGGCGCAUCCGAGUUCCCUCGGGAGCGUGAAGGAAGAUUACGACACGAGCGCGACGGUUAGCAAACAGAGACGGAAUAUGGAUAUUCCGACGUGGACGUCGAAGCUAGAUAACAAGGAGAAGAGGACUUUGGCAGAGAAGUUCAACGAUUUGAGGCACGUCGUCAUCGUCCCGACGUACAGGGAACCGUUGAAUGUGUUGAGAAAGACGUUGAACACGCUAGUUGCGCAAACCUGCGCAAAGGGUAAAGUUAUCGUUGUUAUAGCCACGGAAAAGAACGAUAAAGAAGCCAUAGAGAAAGUAGAGGCGUUAAUUGAGGAGUACAGUAAGAAUUUGUUGGGCUUAUUUUACACCGUGCACGAAAAAAUAUCCCCGGCGGAGACGGAUGGAAAGUCCAGUAACGUGGCCUGGUGCGCGAGAUGCGUGCAACACACGAUCUUGGAAAAAUGGAACUACGUUCCAGAACAGAUUCUCGUGACUGUUUGUGAUGCGGAUACGUACUUUGACGAACAGUUUUGCGAGUGUUUGAGUUACACGCACGCGCAGAACAUGGAGCCGUAUAAUUGCACGUAUCAAUCCGCCGAGAAUGAGUUUCCGAAUAUAUGGAUGGUUCCGACUUUAGUAAGAGUGAAGGCGGUGGUGGAUUCAAUCAACAUGUUAGGGAUGCUGUCCUCUAAAUACGCGGUGCCUUACCCGUACGUGUGUUACUCGCAAUCGUUGAGGACGAUUAUGGACGUCAACGGGUGGGACGUAGACGUUGUUCCGGAUGAUUUCCAUCACUUUAUGAAAUGUUUCUUCAAGAAGGACGGUCAUUUCCGACUGGUGCCUAUAUUCAUGCUCACCGGAAAUAACGCGCAAGAACAUACGAAUUGGUUUAGCGCCAUGCGAUCUCGAUAUCGUCGCGCCAAACGCGACGCCUGGGGCGCGAUUGAUUUAUCGUACAUCUUAUCGCAAUGGUACCAAAAAAGAAACGUGUUGGACAAACACGGCGCAUUCAUGCUCUUCGUCGACGUCAUUGAACACCACGUUUCUUGGUCGUCGUAUUUUUUAACCGUUAUGCUCGGGGGGAUGAUGUCGGCUUGGUUAAAUCCAGAGCUGGAGACAUAUCCGUUUGGGAUCGGUAUUCGCGCGAUGGCGUUAAUUGCGUUUGGUCCGAUUUUGUUUGCCACGUGGGCCUAUAUAGUCUGCGACUUUUACGUCCGAAUGUUUCUCGUGCAAGAUCGAAAGUAUUUUGAGGCGAACUCGGCGCCAUUGUGGUGGCAAAUUACCAGUCAAGUCCAAUGGUUGCUCAUGCCUUUGGCCGAUUUUAUCUUUGCCGCGGUGGCGGCGUUGGACGCGCAGUUGCACAUGGCGUUGUGGCCAAAAAUGAGCGGAUACCGCGUCUCGAAAACCGUCGAUAGAAGUAACUUGGAGUAUAAAAUCGCACAGAGACACAUCAUGCCGAAUGGAACGUGGCGAAAUGAGCCGUUUUUGAACAACGCGAAUAUCAAUACGAACGGAGGCGGAAGUGCCAUGAAAUCGAGUUCGAGUAAUGGAUUGUACCACGCGAUUGAAAGCGACGGGUCAGAUGCGCGAAGUGAAAGAGGAAGAAACCACGGUCGUGGUUUGUAG